UGCAGACUGAUGCGGGCCGCUGCGUGACGAGCUGCGUGACGAGCCGCCAGAGGAACCAGGAUGGUGACGUGCUGGACGCGUUCAGGAGGCCGAACCGCGGGUGAAGGUUCUGACUCGGCCCACUUCCCAGCCAAGGCGUUCUGGAUCUGCCUGUCCACGCUGCUGCUCCUGGUGGCCAUGGCAAUGGGACUGACCCUCGCGCUGACCCGGCCGGGCUCCACGGCCCUGCAGACGGUGCGGCUGACGGCGCCGGACCAGACGGGGGUUCUGCUCAACCAGACGGCUGUUUUGGACCCGCAGAACCACCUGGUGACGCUUUUCGUCACAGCGGCAGGAAACCAGACGUCCACGGUUCUGUUCGACGUCAGACACGGCCUGAUCUGCUACCAGCCUGCAGACCAGCAGCGCUGCUUCCUCCAGACCAUGGAGCGGCCCGACUACGACCAUGUGGGCUCCCUGCUCAGCGGACAGCAGAACCAGGGAGACGUCCAGCUGUCUGGGAACGAGACGCAGAGGCGGACGCAGUUCCUGGGCGUGAUGGCGGGCGAUCAGGUGGGUGUGGCCACGCUGGACGAGCCGCUCCGGACGCUGUGUCGGGACAGAACCGUCCACCGGACCCGCAGGACCGACGGUGAGAGCAGAAACAUGCCACUGUUGAGUCUGGGAGAAGGAAGGACUCAAACCAGCUGAAACAUGAGACGAACUCUGACCUUUCAACUGACUGAAAGGUCGUUGUGUCCCUGAACGCUCAGUCACCAGAGACCAACAUGCUGCUGCCGUUUCUAAACCUACUGCCAAAAACUAACAUUUAGCCUGAAGGGAGAUUCAUGUUUGGUUUUUCAGUCAAAUUUUUACCAUUUUAUUCAUUUAUAAAUGUCAGUUUCAAUAUUUAGUUCAGGUAAGACCAGCCCCGUCUCCAGACCCUUAACAGGGCGGGCAUCGGCUUAUCGGCAACAUGAACCUACGUAGCAAUAACAAUAUGACUCAAGGAAAAGAAAAAGGUGCAGUGCAGUAAAUACGUUUCCAAAAAUGUUCCUCAAGUGAAUGUAAGAAGAACUACCAACACCAGUAGUCUAAAUGUUUAACAGGCUUAAGGUGCUGUACUGGUGUUAGCCAGUCAUCUUCUAGCUAACAUUAGCCAGUCAUCCUCUAGCUAACAUUAGCCAGUCAUCUUCUAGCUAACAUUAGCCAGUCAUCUUCUAGCUAACA